AUGAACAUUAUAAGGCGCCCUUUGUCAGGGUUCUUUCUUAAGAAUCACUGCCUUUUGAAACCACAAGCUUUCAAUGGUGGGUCGAAAACUGUUGGUAAUUCGACUCUUAGACUGUUGACCACUUGUAACUUGAAUUUUUUCAACAGAAAUAUCGCUAAUAAUGCCUCGGUUAACUCCAUUAUACGCAAACAAUCCCUCCAUACCUCUUCUAGAACUGCCUUUCAUCGUACUGCUUUUUGCAAAAACGCCCCGGCUAAUGGGGACAUCGCUACCAAGAUUAAGUCAAAGUACCCGGUAAACUCUUCCAAUACUGUCGGUUAUUGGCUCCUCGGAGUUUCUGGUCUUGUUUUUGGAAUUGUUAUCCUUGGUGGUCUUACACGUCUCACUGAAUCUGGUCUAUCUAUCACUGAAUGGCGUCCAAUCACCGGAUCUAUCCCACCUUUGACCCACGAAGAUUGGGUCGCCGAGUUUGAAAAGUAUAAGGAAUCGCCUGAAUUUAAACAACUUAAUUCCCAUAUCACUUUGGACGAAUACAAGUUUAUUUUCUUCAUGGAAUGGUCUCACAGAUUGGUUGCAAGAGUUAUUGGCUUGACUUUGGUUUUGCCUGCUAUUUAUUUUGCCGUUAGAAAGAAGACUUCUGCCCAUAUGAACAGAAGAUUCAUUGGUCUUGGCCUUCUUUUGGCUUUGCAAGGUGCUGUUGGUUGGUGGAUGGUGUACUCUGGGUUGGAUCAAAAGCAAUUAGACGAUAGAAAAUCCAAGCCUACGGUUUCUCAAUAUAGAUUGACCACACAUUUGGGCGCUGCUUUCUUACUCUACAUGGGAAUGUUGUGGACCAGUUUCGAAAUCCUUAAAGAAAACUCAUGGAUUAAAUCUCCAGAGAAAGCCGCACAAACCAUCGCCAAACUUGAAUCUCCUCUUUUGAAACCGUUCCGUCGGUUGUCUCUCUUUUUAGUGGCAUUGACUUUUGUCACCGCGAUGUCUGGUGGUAUGGUUGCUGGUCUUGAUGCUGGUUUGAUCUAUAACACUUUCCCAACCAUGAGCAAUGGUGGUGAACAAUGGUUCCCUAACAAUAACGAACUUUUCAGUCCGGUAUUUGCUCGCAAAGAAGACCAGUCGGAUAUGAUCUGGAGAAACUUGUUUGAAAACCCAACCACCGUCCAAUUGGUCCACCGUAUCUUGGCGAUUUCUACUUUCACCACCGUGUUUGCCGCCCACAUGUACGUGAACCGUCAUAAAGCGCUUCUUCCAAAAAGAGCGGUUCAAUUGAUGCACUACACCAUGGGAAUGGUCACCUUGCAAGCAGCUUUGGGGAUCAGUACCUUGAUUUAUUUAGUACCAAUCCCAUUAGCGGCAGCCCAUCAAGCAGGUGCCAUGGGCUUGUUGACUCUUUGUUUGGCAUUUGCCGCAGGAUUGAGAAAACCUCGUUUCCCUAUUAGAUUGUUGAUUAGAAAGUUGAGAGCCCAAUUGGCACAAGCCAAACAAGGGAAAAUCUUGAAUUGA